UGUACUGUUUAUAAAUGUGCCCCUCUAUUUAUCGCCCAUGCAGGGUAAAGCGUUUUGUGUCACGCUGAACUGUGUGAAAAGUGGUCUAGAAACAAAGCCGAAUGAUCGCUGGUGAGACGCGUUUUGUGGGAACUAUAUGUUGCACACGGCGGAGUGAUACCGUGACAAGAAGGAAGUUUAGCGUCGCUCUUUCAACGGACGCGCAUUCUUGUCACUAUGGCAACCACAUGCCCUUCCUCCUCAGCGUCCACAGCUCCAUAGCAACGGUGGGAAAGUAAACAGCUCUGAAGUUGUGCAUUAAAUCGUUAUCGGAACCUUUUUUCCCAUCUAUCUGGCUUCUUCGGCUCCGCUGCGAAAUGAGCUGUGAUAUGUCAAGAACCAAAGGCAAGGCAAAACCGGACGGUUUCACCGUCAAGGCCUUCAUGAAGAACUCCGUGGUUGAGGGUCCUCUGUCGACAGGGGUGUUUCACCCACUGUCGUCCAAACCCACCACCUUCCGGACUUACUACGAGCGCAGGGAGCUCCCGAUCGCCGUGGACUACAACAGCAGAGGCAAGAACAUCGCGUGGAAAGUGGACAUCGAGAAACUGGACUAUCAGUACUAUCUGCCGUUGUUCUUCCACGGCCUUUGCGAGACCGAAUACCCUUACGAGUUCCUCGCGCGGCAGGGGAUCCACGACAUGCUGACGCGCGGAGGCCCCAAGAUCCUCCCCGUCGUGCCCAAGCUCAUCAUCCCCAUCCGGAAUGCCAUGAACACCAAAAACCACCAGGUGAUGUGCACCACCCUGCGGAUCGUGCAGCACCUAGUGGCGUCCGCGGACGGCGUCGGUGUGGCACUGGUGCCUUACUUAAAGCGGAUUCUGCCCGUGUUCAGCCUCUUCAAGAACAAGAAGAGAAACCUGGGAGAUGCCAUCGAGCGGCAGAGAGAGAGCAUCGGCGAUCUGAUCGAGGAGACCCUGCAGACCCUGGAGCGCUACGGUGGCCCGGACGCCUUCAAACAAAUCAAAUCUAUGAUACCCACCUGGUCCUGCGUGAAGAACUGACAGAUGGAGCUAUUGGACUGAUUACUGCAAGGCUACUUCUUUUACUUUGUUCCUUAGGAAGUUGGUUCCAAAGUUGCUCAAAAAUAUACCAACAUU